ACUGAAAAAUAAGAAAUUAAAAUUAAAAGUCAAAUCAAAAGAAAAAAUUACAAAUUAAAAAAUCAAAAUAAAAAAGAAAAUAAUCAAAAAACCAUGAAGAAUGCCCAUAUUCUCUCAACCUCCACCGAUGCAGAAUCACCAAAAGAUCCCAACGACGGUGUAAUAAGACUAAAAAUUGACAAACCCUCACACUGGGACUGGCAACUGACAACAUCAUCCGACACAAUACCAAAAAUUCAAUUACUCGACAAAGAUGGUCGUCUACUCGUCGAAACAACAACAGGAAUUGCCCAAAGAGCAAAAGGUUCAUUUCGCGACGGUCUAAAAACAUACGAAGAAUUCUCCCCCACACCAACAUCAUCAUCAUCAAAAACAUCAAUUAUUAUUCCCGGCAAUAGAAAUUUCGAAGGUUACAGUACAAAAUUCGACACGACCCAUUUCUCAAAACCCCGAAAAUCACGAAGUGACAUUGAUCUGAGGAAUGGUGGAGGUGGUAGAAGAGCACGAAAGAGAAAUAGUUCCAUAGACGUUAGUUGCAGAUCGGAGGGUGGCGGUAAGAAAUAUUCUCCUGGUGAUUAUCUUCGUCAGCAAAUAGUCGACGAAAUUUGGAAGAAUAUCGAGGGGAGGACAGAGGACGAAAUUGCUCGAGAUAGAUGUGAUAAGGUGAGGGUUUAUUUGCGAAAUAAGAGUGAUUCGUCAUUUAAUAGGGAGUCGAGAGGAAGGUGGAGGAAUGAGGGGAGGAGAAGGGUGGAUAGAUCUUUGAGUGGUGGUUGUGGGAGUUUGGGAGUUGAUAGGGAAGAGAGAGCUUUUGAUUGUGGAAGAAGAUGUGCUUUCUGUAGUGGAGGAGAUGCUUCCAGUUGGAGGGGAACUACUUGUGGUAGUAGAGAUGCUUCCUUUAGUAGAGGAAAUGCUCCCAAUUGUAGAGAAGAUGCUCCUAAUAAUAGAAAUGCUACUGAUGUUAGAGAAGAUGCUGCCAAUAAUAGAAAUGCUACUGAUGGUAGAGAAGAUGCUGCUAAUAGUAGAGAAAAUGCUCCUAAUUGUAUAGAAGAUGUUCCCAAUAAUAGAAAAGCUUCUAAUAGUAGAGAAGAUGCUGCUAAUAGUGGAGGAAAUGCUCCCAAUUGUAGAGAAGAUGCUGUUAAUAGUAGAGGAUAUGCUCCCAAUUGUAGUGAAGAUGCUUCUAAUAAUAGAAAUGCUACUUAUGGUAGAGAAGAUGUUCCCAAUAAUAGAGAAGAUGAAUUCAGUAGCAGAAGAGCUGCUUCUAGUAGCAGAAGAGAUACUUCCAGUAACAGAAGAGAAGCUUCCAACAAUAGAAGAGAUGUUUCCAGUAGCAGAAGAGAUGUAUCCAGUAGCACAAGAGAUGUUUCCAGUAGCAGAAGAGAUUUUUCCAAUUCUAGAGAUGCUGCACAUAGUAGAAGAGAUUCUUCCAAUUCUAGAGAUGCUGCACAUAGUAGAAGAGAUUCUUCCAAUACUAGAGAUGCUGCAUACAGCAGAAGAAGCACUACCAACAGCAGAGAAACUGUUUUUAAUAGUAGAAGAGAUUUUUCCAAUGCUAAAGGAGAUGCUAGCAAUAGCAGAAGUAAUGCUACCAGUAGCAGUGAAAAUGCUUCCAAUAGUGGAAGUUAUUCUUCUAAUAGUAGAAGAGAAGAUUAUGGAGAAGAAGAUGCUUCUAAUGGAACAAAAGAUGCUCCCAAUAGUAGAAGAGUUGCUGCCAGUACUUUAAGAGAUGUUUCACAUAGUACAAGAGAUUCUGCGAAUAGAAGAAGAUGUGCUUCCAAUACUAGAGAUUAUACUUCCAGUACUAAAAGAGAUAUUUCCUACAGUAGAAGAGAUUCUUCCUACAGUAGAAGAGGUUCUUCCAAUAGUAGAGAAAGUGCUCCCAAUAGUAGAGAAGAUGUUCCAAAUAUUAGAGAAGAUGUUCCAAAUAUUAAUGAAGAUGUUCCGAAUAUUAAAGAUGCUCCCAACAGCAGAAGACAUUCUAGAAGAGAUGCUACCAACAACAGAAGAAUUGCUUCCAAUAGAAGCAAAAGUGUCACCAUCAGCAGCAAUACUCCGAACGAAAACGAAAACCCUCCCAACGAAUCAACAGAACAUCCAAACAACCCAAAAUCUUCCUCUCCUACCGAAAGCAACACCCCAAAAAACUCCCAACAAAUUUUCAACGAUCACAACCUUCCUUCUUCCGAAACAAACAAACCCCAACAAAAAUCAGAAACCCCAAUUCCCAAGUUCCCCUUCCCCCAAAGGACCGUAAACUCCUACAAAACAGGAAAGCAACUAUCAAACAACGAAUUGGAAAAAAUCCGCUACUUCCUCCAGGAUCGUAUAUCAGCGAAAAUGAAUGAGGAAAAACUUCUUUUUCGAUCCCGCUCACAGCCUAUUCCCACAACCAAUACAUUUCCCAAUGACAUUGAAACAGAAAAAAGAUAUUCCAAUUCUUCAUUGAAGCGAGACUAUCAAAUCAGAAAAGUGGGUAGCGAUGCAAGUGUCGUGCGGUUCUUCGAGAGACAACAUCAACCAUGCGGAAGUCGACAGAAUUUUCAACAAGAAUCCACCACAAUUCCCAGGAGGAAACUUCUUCGUUCAAGGACACGGAACGAUGCACUACUCGAAACAGACGAACUGGAAAAUAUUUACAGAGAUAAAAAACCAGUCCACAGGCAAAAGUUUUACACAAGAAAAACAAAGAGUGACACACCACUCUCUAAUUUCCACCAAAAUCCCGAUAAUCUCGAAAGUAGAUUCCAGGAAUAUAGAGACAGAAAGAAACUUGAUUCGAAAUUAGACAAACUAGAUUCAUCAGAUCUCGAAGAGGAGGACUUUAUGAAAAAGCCAAGAUGGAAGGAUUUACAAUUUGAAACUUGUACCCUAACCAAUUGUACAAUUUGUCAGAAUCUUAAAAAUUGCAUCAAUCCCCUAGCAUCAAAUGCAAAUUCAAUGAAUCAAAUUUCAAACAAUUCUAAUUCUACAAAUUCAAAUCAUUCGUAUGAACAAUCUAAACAAAUCCCUGAUGAUAUAAAUGCAAAACCAAAAACGUCUCUGCAGGAAAAUUAUUUAGUUUUAGAGAGAGCAACAUCUCCGCAACAUGACUCAAUAAUUUCAGAAACCACAACCAACUCCCGUGAGGAGGAGGAGGAAAUCUCAAGUUCGAGUUGGAAUUCACCUGACUUUGGUUACAAUACAAUUUCAAAACAGUCGAGGGACUGCAAAAAAGUUUUCAACCCCAGUUCAACUGUUAAGAAAAGCGACACGUUCAAAAUUGUCGACGGAAGUGAAAAUACGGGAAUAAAAAAGUCCCUUAAAACCGAAUGCUUCGACACUGUCACGAAUAAUAAUAAAAAUAAUAGUAAAAGUAAUAAAAAUAAUAAUAGUAAUAAUAGUAAUAAUAAAAAUAAUAGUGACAACAACAAAAAUAAUAGUGAUAACAAAAAUAAUAGUAAUAAUAAUAAUAAUAAUAAUAAUAAUAAUGAUAAUAAAAAUAAUAAUGUUGGUGAUAAUGAUGAAAAUUAUCAAAAAGAGGGUCUAAAUAGACAAACAAAUCAAGAAAUAGCUGAGGACUAUUUUUUGCGGGUUUAUGAAAUUUUAAAGAAACGAAAAGAGGAGGUGAGACAAUUGGCCCAACUUUGCGAUAGUUCAGAGUUCGAACGAAAGGAAACGGAAACCAUGAAAACGAAGAGGAGGCGUAGAAAAAAAAUCCUUGACAGUCAACAAGAUGAGGAGAAUGAGCCGUCAAUUUCCACAGAAGACAAGGAAAAAUCAACUAAUAAUUCCUCGCACCAUUUACUGAAUGGCAUCGAAACUAACGAUAAUAAUAAUAAAAAAAAAGUAGAAAACGUUCCUGAAAAUCGAAAACGUCGUCAAGCACCAAAAGCACCAAAAGCACCAAAAGCCCCAUUUUCCAAUAAUACCUAUGUCAUCGAAAAAAUCAAUGAGAAAUCAAGUGAUUAUCCAAGUGAAAGGAGUAAAUCCCGACAUGACAUAAACGAACUGGGAUUACCGGAAGAAGGUGGUCUUCUUCAUCCACCAUCAUCAUCAGAAAUGGGCUCAAAUUUAAGUAGACACAGUGCGGGCAAAGGUCUCACUGGCAGGAGGACGCAAUCAUCUGGAAAUCUCUGUGAUGCAAAAGGGAAGCUGAAUAGCGUUGGAAAAAUCUUUGUGCCCUGCUCCAGCACGUCUAGAGAAAGCAGGUACAAAUUUUGCGGUUCACUACCCAACCACUUGGAUGAUAAGGAGGGUCUUGAAAUCGAAUCUGGAGAGAACAAUAAUGUGAUUCACAGUGAUGUGGGUGGAAACCUCCCUGGGACGUUACCACAUCAAAAGAAGCUGGCGGGUUUGCAACUCUCCGACAGUGAUCCACCAUUUGGUACUUUUGACCUCGUUAGACGUCCAUCUCAAGAUUCCCUAGAAGGUGAUCCCUGGAGAUAUAGACUGAGUGAUGAAUUCGAACCGGGUAAAUGUCAAUUACACUCGAUUUUGUCAAGUAAAAAUUCCAAAGGCACUGACAGCGUUGACAGUAGUACAAGUAGUAAUAGUAAGCAGACGAAAAAACGUUUUUCCUUUAGUAAAACAAAGGAGAAAAUUUUAAAUCGUCACGAGAAUGAUAGUGCAAAUAGAGGAACUAGUUCAUUUAAAGAAACACGAAGAGAUUCAAUGGCGAGCAAUAAGAAAGUUGAUGAGAUUGAUAAUUAUCGACAGAGAAGAUUAUCAUCGAAAAAUUCAUCGCAAUUGGAUUCAACAAGUAUGGUACAUAAACCAAAUUGUCAAUUGGUGAAGCAUCGAUUACAAUCGGCUUUAUCACUAGAUCUCACACUCAGUAAACUUUGCGGUAACGAACCGCAAGAUCAAGGUUAUGCAUCCGAACGUUCGCCAGAGGAUGAGCAACCGCCUUCUCUACCUGGACAGGACGAUAUUUUUCCCAACGUUACUCCCGAAAACACAUUUAGAGUGGUGUUGGAAAAAAAUAAUCGUGGACUUGGUCUGAGCGUUUCCGGAGGUGGAACCGCUGGCCCGGUCAGGGUGAAAAGACUCUUUCCGCAACAACCAGCUGCACUUUCUCACAAACUUGAACAGGGAGAUAUUCUCUUAGCAGCCAACGGAAUUCCACUCACCGGUCUCACCAACUAUGAGGCCCUUGAAGUUCUACGGACAACUUCCAAUAAGGUCGAGCUAGUGGUGUGUCGAUUGCCCAGUGAAUCAACCGGAACUAGUCCCGAUAUACCUCUGCCACCGCCGCCACCACCGGUUCGAAGAGAGCCACCACCACCCCUACGGAUAUUAAAUCCCUUACCACCGCUUCAGAUCGAACCCUGUGGAGAAUUUGAUAUAGAAAUGACAAAAGUGUCCGGAAGUUUAGGUUUCACGUUGAGAAAAGCCGAUAGCAGUGCCCUAGGUCAUUAUAUUCGAGCUUUGGUGAGAGAACCAGCUUUAAGCGAUGGAAGAAUUCGACCUGGUGAUAAAAUUGUUGCCGUUGAUGGAGCACCGCUCUCGCCAAUGAGUCACGAGGAAGCUGUUGCUCUUCUCCGACAAUGCGGUCCAAAGGUAAAACUUCGUCUCUAUCGUGAUUUGGCACAAACUCCAGUUUCAGCCUUAUCGCCAACGGAACCUGAUCACCCACUACGUCCGCCACGAACUAGUUUAAGACAAGAGGCUGUAGAUAUGCUUUGUGAUUUGGCGGUGAGAAAAUUAUCCCCAGGACCUAAUAACAAUGGUUCUAAUGAUUCGAAUCGAUCCACAUCAGGAUCCUACACUUCACCGAGAAAACUUCGAAGACCUGCUCCACGAACACCGAGUACAGAGGCUGACAAUGGCAAUAUAAAGAGAAAAUUGUCCUCGCAAAUGUCAAGUCAAAGUCAAGGCGACACAUCAGAAUCGGAUCAAUGUUCGAUUAAAACACAAAUAACAAAUUCACAAGUAAAUACACCGUCAGAUGAUAUUAUCAUUGAUCCACCAUUAUUCUAUGACGUCGAUUCCUAUGAUUCAUUGAAAAUAUCGCGACCAAGUUUUCUCGAUUUAUCAGCGCCACAAGAUAAGCCAAAUUUUCAAUUUAACAUCAAGUCCGAGUCAAAGUCGACGAAUCGUGCUGGCGGUGAUAAUAAUAAUUCAUUAAAUAUCGAUGGAUUGUCCUGCGAUGAAUUAGAUGGAAAUUUACCCUCAGAGCCAGCAUCCAUGCCACCAGUGUCAACGACAAAUAAUGACGCUACAUUUAGCCAUAAGAAUCCUGCUUAUCAAAGUGCAAAUCCCUCAUCAAACACCAAAGAUAUAACAAAGAGCAAAGUAUCACACUCCAGCGAUCAGGAUAUUCCAGGUAAAGUCUUUGGUAACGAAGAUCCAGGUGGAAGUAAAGGAUUGCUUAAAUGGAAAGGUGUAAUGUUUGCUCCAGAUGAUGAGGAGAGCGAGAAUAAACAGAAUGGUAGCGUUAAGGAAACAUUGCCGGUUACUUGUGCAGAAGGAGACGAGGUUUUUAUGGUUGAAUUAACAAGAGGAUGGAAUAGUCGACUUGGCUUUAGUUUACAGCCAAAUGGCAAUCAAACUGUGAUUUCCGUUGUACACCCAGACAGUGUAGCGGCAAAAGAUGGUAGACUUAAGGAAGGCGACGUACUUAUUAUGAUUAAUGACGAAAGUGUUGAAGAAAUGUCAACGGCAGACAUAAUCGACUUGCUAAGAAAAGUACGAGGGGCAAUUGGCAUCACUGUUUUGAGACAAAAGAAACAGAGACUAAAAACAUGAUAGGCAUUGAAAGAAAAUUUUAAAAAUUAAAAAUUAAAAUUAAAAUUCUAUCAAAAAAGAAUUAUCAAAAAAAUAUAUAUAUAUAUAAAUCUAUAUUUCGACACCUUCACUCGUGAAAACUAUAUAUAUAUUUACGUCAAUAAGUCUGUUAGUUAUAUAUAGUAAAUAUAUAUAUUUAUUGUAAACUGAAUCUAGUAGAAUCAAGAAAAGCAAAAAAAAAGUAGUUCUAAUUGCAAAAAAAAAAAACUUUCAAUGAAAAGCAAUAAUAAUUCUUGCCUUUUGCAUUUACAAAUCUGCCAUGUCGCGAUAUAGACUUAGAAGCGAUUGCGCUUUACCCUUGUCGAGUGCCUAGUCUUGAGAAUAUAAGAAAUUACAACAAAAUAUCGUUAUAAAUAAGAGGAAAAAAAAAAACAAUUGUACAGAUUGAAAUUAUUUAGGGUAGAAAUCCGAUAUUUUAUAACUUUGUGAAUCAAAAAAAAGCAAAGCGUAUAAGUGCUGUGCGUUUAUCGGAUUUUUAGGGAAAGAAAAAGAAAAAAAUUGUGUGCAAAAUUAUGUAUAUAAUUUAUAUUAUAUAUAAAUAAUAUAUGUAGAGAAAAAGAGCGACAGAGAGAAUGAAAUUCUAAAUAAUGCGUUCUUUAUACGCAAUAAUUAAAAUUACAGGGUGGAACGUCAAAGACUUUGGAGAAAAUUAUUUUUUAAACUUUCCAUUUUGGGAAAUUAUUAGUUUUUAAUCAAUUUUUAUUUAUCAACUACUAUUUUAAUCUUUUAUUCUUUUAAUUUACAAGAAUUCGAAAUAUUUCCUGAAAAUUUUUACUGAAUUUUAAUUCAAGAAAUAAUUGUACAAAUUUUUAAUUAUUAUAAUUGCGAUUCUACGAUAGAAAAAUCGAAUUCAAAAGUAGAAAAAUUUAUUCAAAAAAAUAAAAAAAAUUAUAGAAUGAAUAGAAAAAGUAUUAAAUUAAGUAUUAUAAAAAUAUACGAAAAUAUUGUACCAUAUUAUAUUAUAAAGAAAUUUAAUUAUAUUUAAUAACUUCUAAUUAUAAAAUACGUGAGUAUUAAAAGAAUUUCGAAACUCUUUUCUUCUGGAAAAGGAAAAAAAAAUUGUCUAUUAACGUGACACCCUGUAAGUAAAGUUAUACACGAUAUUUUUAAGAUACAAAAGAAAUCAAAAAAAUAUUUGACUGGUAUCAUUAUUAAAUAUAAAUUACGAUUGAUAUAUCGUAUUGUAAAAUAAAUGGAGAAAAUUAAAAAAAAAUAAUGUAAUAUUUUGAUUUAGAGUGCUAAAUCAAUGUACAUUAUUAAUGCUAAAUGUUUAUCUUCUGUGUAAUUAAAGGAAAAAGAAAGAAACAAAUCUAAAAAUGUA